GUCAACACAUCUUCCUCUUCCUUGAGCCGUCAACCUUCCAUGACGUUCUCCCAUAACAAUCCUAAUCACCAUCCCCAUCCUCGGAUACCAGAGUUUCCGCCAGCGCCAGUACCUGUUGAUGGAUUAGAUGCAUAUCGUUCUCGACAUACAUUACAGUCCCCUUCUCACUCUCAAACAGUGCCGUAUUCAUACUAUUCGCCGCAGACCUCCUCGUAUCUUCAACACCAGCCUUUUCCACCAUCUCAAGUGCCGAAAUCCGUAUUCGUCUGGAGGUGACCCACCGGCCUGGAAACUCUGGGAAAAUGAGAAACUCCCGGCGGAGCCCAAUGACGACGAUUCAGAGAGCUUAUCGGAGGAUGAUGAGGCAAUACGGAGAUCGCGUGAUAGAGUGGCAAUUGCGAGGGAAGGAAUGGCCCAGGACGAUGUGCACCAACAGGAAGCAGCACCAAAUCAAGCAAUACGCACAACAAAACGCUCACUGAGGCGAGAGGCACCCAGGGAGGAAACCACUCAGAGAGAGGAGAUGUCAUGGUGGGAGGAAGAACAUAGGAAGGAAGAGGUGAAGAGGAAAGAAGAGGAAAACAAGCGUAAUGAGUUGGAAACCAGGCGCAAGGCGGAGGAGGCGCAGCGUAAGGCAGAGGAAGCAAAGAGGAUGGAGGAAGAGGCAGAAAAGAAAGCAGAGGAGGCGAGAAGGAUUGAGGCUGAAACGGAGAAGAGAGCCGCUAUGUUGAGGGAGCGUGAAGAAGCUUUGAGGCAGCGCGAACAAGAGCUGGAGAAGAGAGAAAGGGAAGCUCAAGAAGCCGAAUUGAAGAGAAAGGAGGAAGACCUGAAGAGGAGAGAAGAGGAGAUUAUGAAGAAGGAAGCGGAAGAUCUGAAGCGGAGGCGGGAAGAAUUGGAAAGAAAAGAAGCUGAAGCGAGACAGAAAGCAGAGCAGGAAAGGCUUGAAGCGGAGGCUGCGAAGGCAAGAGAAAGGGAACAGAUACGGAAAGACAAAGAACUGGCGGAACGUAUGCAACGAGAGCAGAACGAGGAGUCGUGGAAGGAGAAGGAACGGGCUAACAAGAUUAGACUGGAGGCAGAGAGAAGAAAGGCGGAGGAGAAUAGAAAGGCGGAGGAGAGGAGAAAGGCGGAGGACAAAAGAAAACUGGAGGAGUUUCAGGCGGAACAGGCACGCGCUCGGCGAAAGGAAGAGGAAGCCAAGCAGCAGCAAGCAAAUUUCCAGCGCCGUGAAGAAGAAAUUCGAAGGAAACGACAAGAUAGCUGGACUUCCGAGGACACUAAAGCCCGCUCUGCCAGUGGAUGGGGUUCGAGUACAUCUGCCUCAUCGUCAUCUUCGGCUUGGAGUUCUUCUUCGACUGCCUCUAAUCCAACCUCUGGAUGGAAGCAGACUACGCCUAGUUCCAACAGGACGUCGACCUCUUCCUCGACACCAGGAUAUAAACCGAGAUCAGGCUCUUCGUCGUAUUCGCAGCAUCAGCCUCCUUCGACACCUUCUGGUACACCUCAGACUCCAGUUUCUGAUGCUGAGUGGCGGCGGAGACAGGAGGAGCAGGCACGAGCACAACAAGAGAAAUUCCGUGCGGAGCAGGAACGGCUUGAGCGGGAGCGACAGGCGAAAGAGGCAGGCAGGAUCAUGUCAAAGGAGGAGGUGGUUCGGCUGUUCCAGUCACAUGAAAGUCAGUGGCAGAAGCUGACUAAAGGAGAGAUCGAGAAUGUUAUUUGGGAUGCGUUCCCUUGGCCGAUGAUUAAGAAGCCAAAGGACGUUGCGGAUAUAAAUGCUGGUGCGAUACAUGCGUAUGUGCUUAAUCCGCAUUUUCCAAAUGAUAAUGGCAAAGGGGAUAAGGACAAGAUUAAGGAGCAGAUUCGAAGGUGGCAUCCGGAUCGCUUUGAAAGGCUGAUGCCUCGGGUCGCAGAGGACGAUAGGGACAGGAUCAGAGAAGGGGCCGGUGAGGUGGUCAGGGGAUUGAAUGAUUUACUGACCAAGUUCAAUGGUCCCGCAGGGAUGUUUGGGUGAGAUUUACUUGUAAGUUUUGGGGCGCAUCAGUGAACGAACGACACAAUCUAUGUAGCAUUUUUGGUUUCUUUUUAUUUUGUCAUCUACUCACAAUGUAUAUGGACCACUCAGCAGUCCUAGUCAUAUUUCGUCUUGUAUGAAUAUAUCACCACUCUUGUAAUAUAUAUUUCGUUAAGAACUGGCUUGGCAAAGAAUCCCGCUAAUCCAGGCUAGAUACACACUUAGAAUCCGCGUACCAAGUAUCCGGAAA